AGCCAUGUGUGCGUUGACUGUUUGUGAAGAGUCCGCUACGCCACCACGCGUGACGUCAUAAGUGGCUAGCUCUAGCAUAUAUAACGGGCAUCUUGUCGUCCUUUAACCUCAAGCCCUUCUUCCCUCCCACUUUCCUCACCUUCUGCAUCCUACCUCACAUUCUUUUCCAAGCCGUUCUUUACCAUGAGACUGUCAUCAUUUGCUAUUCCAAUCCUCUCUGCAUCAGCCACGUUCGCUCUCUCCAACUUGCAUCGUCCUUACAGGCGCACUACUGUGCCCGUUACCUGUGGUUCUCUCAACUCCGACCUCGUUCUUAACGACGUCGUCGAUAGCAAUGGCCACAUCGCAGCUUGCCUUUGCCUUACAGAUGUUGAACAAUUCGUGGAAUCAAACCCCGUCGCACAGAAAGCUGUCCAACUUCUUGGCGACCAAGCCAAGGUAGAGGCCUUGAUCUCCGACAUGGUCUCAGGUCUUCCGACAGCCGCGCAAUGCUCUUACCCUGAUCACGCUCGUGCUCUUUGCACGGACUCCAAUCCGUGCGAUUUUGAAUGCACCGAUGGCUUCCUACCUUUCCCUGCAGAAAGACCCACGUCUUGUAUAUGCCCUGACUACCUUACGGAGUGUAAUGGACAGUGCGUUCCUUCCAAGGAUUGCCCCAUCAAACCACCUCCAUCUCGUCGUAACAACGAUCCCCAUUGUGCUGAUGGCCUCACCAUGUGCGGAGUCCCUGGUAAAAGCACUGGUCAGCCUUGGAAACCCUCACAUCAAUAGGUGGUGGGUGUGUUGCGGCAUGUCCUUUCGGAAACGCACCCUGUCAACGGUGUGAAUUGCAAGGAAAUCAAGGGCGUUAUUCCUGAC